AUGAGUGAAAUCGUGGAGGGAACUGAUUGUCCUUCUACAUCUUCAAUAACGUCCUUGGAAUCAAAAAAGACCAGUGGUAAUGCUGGUUUCGAUGCCAGUCAAAUUGCAGAAGUGAAAGCAUGGCUCAUUUCCCAAUUUGAUGCAGCUGGGAAAGAUCUACCUGAUUUCGAGUACACCUCACGGAGCAUUGCUCAUAUACACAAGAUUGCUGCUCUCUCCCAAGCCAAAACCCAGGCUGCCACUAUAGUUGCAAAUGACUUUCGUCAAAAAGCCACAGAGUAUCGCUCCCAAGCUGCGAGGAUAAGAGAGAUAUUGGAGCAUGUGGGGUUGGUGCAAGAUAGUUUACCAUCAAAUGUGGUCUCAUCUGCACAAGUUCUUGCCAAUGUGGCAAAUCUAUUGAAUAUUAGAGAUACCGAGCUAAGCAGUUUUCUUGUAGCAAUGGCUGAUUUGUCUCUGAGAAAAACUGCAGUAGAAGAAAAGAGGGCUAAAGUGCAAAAGGAGUCCAAAGAACUUCUUGAUUAUACUCGAAAGGCAAUAGCAAGACUGACCUAUUUGAAACGAGCACUUGCACAAUUGGAAGAUGAUGUACCUCCUUGUGAAGCUCAAAUGGAGCACUGGAAAACCAACUUGGCCAUCAUGGAUUCAAAAGAAAGACAAUAUCUGCAACAGUACUCUAAUUAUAAGGCUAUGCUCAAUCGAGUCGGAUACAGCCCUGAGAUAAGUCACGGAGUUUUGGUAGAAAUGGCAGAGCAUAGGAAGGAUCUGGAAAAGAAAACAAAACCGAUUCUCGACACCCUUAGAAGCUACCAAGAUUUGCCUCCUGAUAAAGCUUUGGCUGCAUUGGCAAUUGAGGACAAGAAAAGGCACUAUGCUGCUGCUGAGAAGUACCUUGAAGAUGUUUUGCAAUCUGCUCUUGAAUCGAACAAUUGA